CACACACACACAAAUCCAACAAAAAAUCCACAAAAAAAAAAAAAAAGUCAAAUGUUACAUAACUCGGAUGAGUUGACUCGCCGGACAUUGAGUUUUCCGGCAGUAAAACCUUGCAAGUCAAUUUCCAUAACUACCCUUUUCAACUCUAUACUUUCUCUCUCCAAACAAAUAUGCAACUUCAAAUCUCCUGAAUUUGUUUUCACCUCCAACAAAAGAAAUGCCAAGAAUGCCCUUCGGUUAAUCCAAGUUCUUCACCUUUUUCUAGAAGGACUACAAGAUGCUGGGGUGCUUGAUAUGGUAGGCAAAUCCGUCAUUGCAUCUUUUUUGGAUCUCCAUGUGGCGCUUCAGAAUCUCAACUUUCUUUUACAAGAUUGCACGCGCCAAGACGCGCGUGUUUGGAUGCUCAUGAACUACGACCGAGUGGGCGGACACUUUCGGGCCUUGCUCGGGUUGGUGGCUGCCUCUUUGGAUGCACUUCCAUCGGAUGUGAUUAGUGUUUGUGAUAAUGAGGUGAAGGAUUUAGGUUCGUUUUUUAUCCAUCAAAGGAAGCGGGUCCUUUUUGAGGCCCAAAAUGAGGAUGAUUGGGCCUCAAAUAUGGUGAAAUCGGCAUUGGGCCAGUUCCAAAACCGGGUCAUACCCGACCCAAGUGAGCUUAGAUUGAUCAUGAGCUACUUGGAUAUCAAGACUUGGACGGAUUGUAAUGAUCAAGUCAAGUUUCUUGAGGAGGAACUCGAGACAUAUUCGAGACCCACUGCCAAGUUUUUGAUCCAUAUGAGCCACCAAUGCAGUACAAAGUACAAACCUGUUGCCAAGUUGAUGGGUCUAAUGGUAUAUUGUCGUUGUGUGCUCUUUGAUUGCAUUGAUGGUGAUGUUACAAGAGUUUACAACAAGAUAUCUAACUACAAUGUUAGUUGCUUGAACCCGGAUGAUAUCAAGUGCCCUAUUUCACUAGAGAUUAUGAUGGAUCCUGUUACAAUCUCAACGGGUCAAACCUAUGAUCGGAUCAACAUUAUCAAGUGGUUCAAAGCGGGCAACCCCGUUUGUCCGAAAACGGGCCAGAGGGUCCAAAACUUAGAUUUAGUGCCUAACAUAGCACUCAAGAAGGUCAUCAAGCAAUAUUGUUUAGAAAAUGGGUUCCCCUUUCCAAUUAUUUCUAAACAAAAGAGAUCAAGCAAAACAAAUAAUGCUAAUUAUGUAGCAGAUUUGGCAAUUGAAGAAGCUACUACAAUGGUAGCUGAUUUUUUGUCAAUUAAGCUAGUAAUGGGAACAAUGGCAGAGAAAAGUAAGGCAGCCUAUGAGAUUAGGCUGCUUACUAAAAGGAGUGAAUUCAACAGGGCAUGCUUUAUAGAAUCUGGGACAAUCUCAUAUUUGUUGAAUCUCCUUUUAUCUAAAGAUUCAAUAGCCCAAGAGAAUUCUAUGGCAGCCUUGUUGAAUCUCUCCAAGCACCCUAAAAGCAAGCCCAUCAUUGUUAGCAAUGGGGGCUUAACUCUGGUCAUUAAGGUGCUCAAAAAAGGAAUUAAGAUGGCGGCAAGGCAGUAUGCUGCCGCCAUCUUAUUCAAUCUCUCCUCGAUAGAAGAAUAUCGAGGAUUGAUUGGAAACAACUCUGAGGCAAUUCCAUCUUUGGUAGAAUUGAUCCGAGUUGGGAGUGAUCAAGGCAAAAAGAAUGCCUUAGUUUCCAUUUUUAGUCUCUUGUUGCUCCCAAGUAAUCAUUGUAGGGUGCUCAACACUAAACUAGUCCCUCUUCUUAUAAGCCUAUUAGAUGUUGUGGAAUUAAGCGAAGAUCUUGUUGUCAAUUUCUUGGCAGUGCUUGCGGUCUUAGCAGAGAAAACCGAUGGAGCUAGGGCAAUCUUGCGCGCUAAGGCCUUGGAUGGUGUCAUAAGAAUCUUGUGCUCGUCUUCAUCUAGUUCUUCUAGGUUUGUAAAGGAGCAUUGUGCAUCAUUGUUGCUUGCAAUGUGUAUAAAUUGUGGGAGAGAAGUGAUCGAGGUUUUAGUGAAGAACACUUCUCUCAUGGGAGCUCUAUAUGCACUGCUCCUUGAAGGAACUACAGUGGCUAAUAACAAAGCUAGCUCGUUGAUUAGCCUUCUUCAUGACUUCUCCGACAGGAGUUCAUCUCAACUCAUACCUCAUACUUUACCACGCGAAAAUUUUAUUCCUGUGUGGUAAACUUAAGCCUACAUAUUCUUCAAAAUCAUUUUUUUUCUAAGUUGUAGAUAGAUAUAUACCACAUAAUAUUGUUGUAUUAUAUGCUGCUUCAGGGAUUUGCUCAAAUUUUUGAGAGCUAAUCUUAUAGUGUACGAGCUUCCAUCUUUUUCGUGAAGCUCGUUUUGUAGAGAUUGUGAUAUUUUUAAAUUCUUAUCAACAAGUGAUGUACAAAAAUUGCUAUACAUAGCAAUAAGUAUUGUAAGUUACUCUGUAAUAUGCUUGAGAAAUUAGGUCGAGUUUUUCAGGGCUAAUAUGUCAUAGUGUAUGAGCCUCCAACUUUUUAAUGAAACUCAUUUUAUAAUGUCAAC